AUGAAUACCAAUACAAAGAGACUUUCUGCCAUGAUAGAUUCAUUCCAUGACGCAAAAAGCGACGAGAUUCUUUAUCGGCAAAAUUCGGCUUCUAAUACACCAGUGAAGAGAAACUUGGCCAGCGGCUCAUCCUCUUCCCCGGAUACAUUGUCAAGGCCACCAUUCAUUCAGAAUUAUGGUGCAUCUGAUAAAAUACUUGCAAGUCCAAAGCACAAGUAUGGCAGUCCUGGCAACCGCGAGAGUAUGAUUUCAGAUUACUCGGCCAGUAUUCACGAGGGGGUUCCUGUAUAUAUGGGAAAUAAAUCAGAAAACGCUGUUAAGGAGCCACCGGUGAUUUACUCGUCCGUUCAAUUCCCAGUAUCAGAAGAGACUGUGGGAAAAACUGCCCGGACCAAUGUUGGAAAUCAAGCGAUCUACGAACAUGGUAAACAUGGUCUGAUAUCUACUCCAGCCGAUCGCAGGGGUGGGAAUCGCAACGCAAAACAACCCAACUCGCUUACUCUCAAGCUAUCUGAGUCCCAGGGUUCCCAACACAACAAAAACUCUUCAAUAGGGUCUGGAAACUUGGCAAGUGAAAGCGGCCAUUCGCAUAAUCUUUCAGCCCUGAGCGGAAAUGAUAAUAAGUUUCACAAGGCAACACCCUCAGAAAAUAUUGACCACGAAAUUCUAAAAGCAGCACCAACUUCAAAUGCCAGCACUGCGAGCCCUCAGCAAGAACAUAGUUCUCUCCAGCCUUCGCCCCAGCGGUCAUUCACGGCAAAGUCAAGCCAGAGCUUGGCCAGGAAUGACAGCGACGCCCGAUCCUUGGCAUCCAGCAUUGUACCAGCUCUACGUACAGAUAUACCGACGGAUCCUACCCAUGUCAAAUUUCCAGACAGAUCCUCGACCUCAACCUACAACCCGUCCAUCCCCCCCAGGAGUCGCAACAGACCCAAAUCACAUCUUUUUAUUAAAGAUGGGCUAGAGGAUAUUCAGAAACAGUUACAGGAACAAAUGAGUCUUGAGAGCUCUCAAAGCGUGUCUCGUGCGAGUACCAACAAAUCUAGCAGUUACUUUUCAGCAGCAGACCAAGCAAAUCUUUAUGACGACGAUGAUGACGAAGACAACUUUGGGCAACCGGAUGAGGACAGCUACCUUCAUAGACCUCUACCGACUGUACCCACUGAUAAUCUGGAGCACCGCAAGCGAGAAUCUCUCAGCCGUAAUGAUACCCUCAUAUUGUCCCCCGUUUCUCAAGAAGAUUCGUCAAUACCACCACGUAUGCCCAGUUUGCCUGCAUCUCUACUGAGAGCCAAUAAAGAGUUGAAUCCGGAUGCCAACAGCACUGGAGCAGAUACCCGGCUUAUCAAUGAUAAUGAUGACGAAUACGAAGAUAUUUUGGACGAGCCCCAAGGCGAAUCAGAGACUGGUAGCCACAUUUCCAACACAAAACCAAAAGGAGCUAAGUCUGGUGCCGCCAAAGCGCGGCAUGGAGCUAGUGGUACCAAACGUACCUCCAAUAAAAAUCGAAAACAAGAACUGCGUUCUUUCGAUAUCGACACCAUUUCUCAAAUGCUCAAUGUUACCAAAGGAACACUAAUAGGGUCAGAGUUUGCAAAUCUGGGAAUGAAAACGGAGGAAAAAAGAGCCUUAGAAAGGCUUGUCGAUUCGCUCUCCAGGCUGACUGCUGAUAUGGUCCUAGAUCCCGAGCGUUUCCAAGAAGGAAUGAAAAGGCUGGAUAAGGCCACUAGAGCGCUUGAAGGAUUUUAG